UAUUGCUAACAUAAAACAUAACCUUAAAAAAUCAAGAUAGGUUAAUUGACCUUUGAUAUUUUAAACUAAAAUAUUAACGAUUUUGUGGAGAUAACACUAUAAAUACGAAUACAAUGACAUAGCAAGUUUUAAUUUUAUUAUAUAAAUUCAGAUUUCCUCACAAGUGUACAAAAGAAUUGUGAAUAACUCAAAUGAACACCAAGGAAAUUAAAAUUCCUGUCCCCUGGGGACACAUAGCAGCUAAAACAUGGGGAAAAGAAGAAAAUCAAACUGUAAUAUGUGUUCAUGGUACUUUAGAUAACGCUGGUUCUUUCGAUACUUUAAUUCCGCAUUUACCUCAAAGUUUUUACUAUGUGUGUAUCGAUUUACCCGGACAUGGUCUUUCAUCGCAUUACGAAAAAUAUUUACCAGUAACUUUUCAUAAUUUAUUGCUUCCUUUAAGGAUCGUUUGCGAAUAUUUAGCAAGGGAUACUUAUAUAUUUAUGGGACAUAGUUUAGGAGCAAGAUUAUUAGUAACACACUGCCAAUUAUUUCAACAGCAAACAUCAAAAUUAAUUUUAAUAGAUUCUACGUACACUCUUCCAAAACCUCCCGUUAUUUAUUUGAUGUCGUUAGAAGACACUUAUAAUAAUCUAAUGAAAAGUUUAGACUUUAAACCGGAAGAUAGACCUUCAAUGACUUAUGCUGAAGCUGUAAGAAAAGUUAAAGAAAGCAGAUUUAGUGGUACAUUAACAUACGAGACAGCAGAACACAUUACGAGGAGAAUGGUUGAAAAAAAUGGUGAUAAAUAUCAAUUUACUUAUGAUCCUCGAUUAAAAACUAUUCUCGAACCACCUGUUGAUAUGAAAUAUAUCGAAGAAUUAUUAAAACUGUGUCCAUUACAGUGUCCCGUAAUUGUACUUGCUAUGAAGGACACUGUGGAAGCUUUCGAGAAAUAUGAAUUUUCUCAUAAUUAUAUGAAUGUUAUUCCUGACUCAGAAGUUCAUGUUAUUGACGGUCAUCAUCAUUAUCAUCAUACAAAUCCAGAAAGUGUGGCUAUAUUUAUAUCUAAGUUUUUAUUAGAUCAAUCAAAAUUGUAAAUGAAUAAUAAUAAAAUAAUAAUUAAUUUUUGACGAUUUUAGUGACAAGGAAAAAUUUUUUUCAUUGAACUGUUUAGAUUGUCAGAUUAUUUGUCAAAAUUUUGUUCGAAAAAACUAAAGAAAGAGCUAUUUCUCGUUCCCUCCCGUAAAGAAUGAAAUUACAUUCACCAUACAAAACUUUUCUAUAUUCUUAUGGUGUAACGCUUGAUGAAUAAAACCCCUCCACAAAAAAAUAUACGAAAAUAACUCAAAAAAUGAAGAAGCAAUCAAGAAAAAACCGAGUUUUUAAGCCGACCAUCCUUGAAGCAGCGUCAAAAAACGAUAUCAACACGAGAGUCAUCAUUAAUAAUUCCUAUCAAAAACAUACAGAAGGGGAAUUUCAUCUUAAAGAUAAAAGUUACAAAUGGGACGAUUUUAACGCGAGGAUUUCGAAUUACAUCAACGGAUUAUUACGGAUUGGUAAAAAUGGUAGAGAAUCUUUUUAUAACACUAAUUUUUAUCCUGUACCAUUUUGGUAUCAAGAAAUGCUCGAUGUCUUGUCUAUUCACCUAACAGUGAAUAAUUAAAAUAGGAUUUUAUUGUGCUUUUUUUACGUAUAUCAAUAAAAUUACAGUAUAAAAGAA